AUGCCUAGAAAGAAAGUGAAGUUAGCUUUUAUUGAAAAUAGCACUGCGAGGAAAGUCUCAUACAAAAAAAGACAGAAAGGGUUCUUGACAAAGGCCCGUGAACUUAGCACCCUUUGUAAUGUUGAAAUAGCUGCCGUUAUCUAUAGUCCUUACCACAAUGAACCUAUGAUAUUUCCAAAUAAUGAUUUUGUUACCAACACCUUUACAAGGUUUCUAGAGUUGCCAGAAUUAGAGAAAUCAAAAAACAUGGUGACACAAGAAAAUUUCACCAAGCAAAGGAUCCAGAAAAUGGAGGAACAACUCGGAAAGGUAAGAAAGGAAAACAGAGUCAGGGAGUUCACAAACAAGAUGUAUGAAAUGUUGAAUGGAGAAGAUAUUCCUAACGGUAUACACGUUUACGAUCUCAACGAUCUGAGUUACGUGAUCAACCAAAACCUUAAACAGGUAAGCGAAGCAAUCAAAACAAAGGUCAAUGGAGAGGACCCCAUAUUAUCUACACCAGUGUUACCACAAAUGAACCCUUCAAUGAAUAAUCAUCAGAGUCCUGCAUUGUCUGAGAUGUUUGACUGGAGCGAUGAUCUGAUGAAUUUGGAGUGGAGUGAUUUGAUGACUUUACUUGAUGAGCCAUCUUUCAAUAACACUAAUGUUCAAGAUCCAAAUCACAACAACGAUAAUUUAUAA